AAGACGGUUUUUCGUCUCAGCCAAUCAACUGACGCGCCUUGUGUUUAGAUGUCGCUGCAGUGAAUGCUAAGCUAAAUCUGCUGGAAAAUAAGGUGUUUCUUCUGCACAAACCUGCUGUUUUGAAGAUGCUGUGUUCUUCAUAACAAUCACCAAUGUUCAAAGACAACAGGGGGUUGGUAGAGGAUGUUUUCUCCUUAAGGAAUCAGCUGCGAUUGACCGAGAAAAACCUACAGUCAGUGGGGGAACAACUGAGUCGAUCAGGAAAUGACAUCGUUGGUGAGGAUAAUAACAGGAGUUUCGUGGAUGGAUUCCCAGGUCGUCUUACAUUAGAAGACCUUCAGAAGCCUGAUCCAGAAUAUAUUCACCCAGAGCGGAGGGCAUGUGCACGUAUAUCUUCCUGUGACUGCAGGUCAGACAGAGAAAUGGAGACGGAGACGUCUGUUCUCAGGAGGAAGCUCAACACUAUCAGGCAGGAGAACACUUCUCUGGUCAUGGAGAACAGGCAGCUCAUCGGUGACAUUGAAGCUGCUCAGCUUGAGUUAGCCAGCUCAAGGUCCAAGAUUCGUAUGUUGGGAUCCACUGUGGGAGCUAGGACCUCUAGUGUGUCUUUCAUGAAGGAGCAGAUUCUGGGUCUAGAAGCAGAACUGGACACCCAAACCAAAGCUUUAGAGGCUGCAGAGCAGAAAUUGGAAGAAAGCGAACAGACAGUGAUGCAGAGUAGCAGGCUGGCGGAGAAGCUCAGAGAUGAGCUGAGAGUUGUUAAAGCUGAGUUGGCUGAAAGAACACGUCUGGGGAAACGUGCGGAGCAGCAGAGAAACCAAGCGCUCCGAAAUGCAGAGAAGCUCACGGUCACCUUCAAAGAAUACAAAGAUGAUGUUUCUGAAAAACUCAGGACGGUGUUGGAGAGUGAGGGUCAGCUGAAGGUCAGUCUGAUGGAGUGUGACAGAGAGAGAGCGGAGCUGGAGAGGAAGUGUGCUGAGCUGGAGAGAGAGAAGGAGGGUCUACGUCACAACAUCUGUGAGCUGAAGGAGGUUCACGGCCGCUCUGAGUCUCUCUCCGCUGAGCGUGUGCAGCUGCAGUCUCAGGUUCAGCAGUUCUCAGAUCAGCUGAAACAGCUGCAGAGGGAGCUGGCUGAGAAGGAGGCGCAGCUGCAGGAGGUGGCGGGGCUGAAGAGAGAGAACGAGGACCUGCGGCUCCUCACGGCCUGUCAGGAGCAGAGGGUGGCUCAGGCCCACAGAGAGAGAGAACAGGACAGAGUCGAGCUGGCCAGCCUAGAGAACGUACUGGACUUAUUACAUCUGAGAGAGAAUCGGGAAGGUGCACUGUGUGUGAACCCUUGUUUGCUGUCCGCACUGUCUUACACAAGCACCACUGAAUCUCUCAAACACAAACCUGGUGAGGGCUAUCAGAAGCUGUUGGCGGUGCUUCAGACGGUUGAGAGGGAAAAGACCCGGCAUGCCAGUGCUGCUCAGGGGCUACAGGAGAGACUGACGAGAGCCCAGGAGGAGAUCUCCUCCCUCCAGACUUCUAUCACAGAGAGAUCCUCUCACUACCAGCAGCUCCACAAUCAGCUCCUGGACAAGGCUACUCAGGCCACCUCCUUAGAGAAAGAGCUAAAAAAGAAGAGUUCACGUAUAACUGUCCUGGAGAAACAGCUCCAGGAGAAGAGUGCUGCUUAUUCACAGACUGUAAUGAAGACCGGCCAGCUUGAACAAGACCUUAUGGAAAAGGCCAGCACUAUUCAGCACUACCAGUCAGUCUUGAACAAGAAACAGAGGGAAUAUCAGCAGACUAUAGAGAAAAUCAAGAAUGCACAUUCACAAAAAUGCAGAGAACUGGAGGACAGAAUAGAGGUGCUGCAGUUGUCUCUGGCUCAGAAACAGACUGAACUUGAGGAGCUAGAACAAAAUGUGACUGAUUUUCACUCAGAGAAACAGGAGUCACAGCAGAGAGCCAGUCUUCUGCAGACCAUUAUAGAUCAGCUCACUGAGGAUUUUGAAGCAAAAUCUAAAUCCAGUGAAGAGACGCUCAGAAAUGUCGAAGAGGAAGCUGCUGACUCUGCUUCAAAAGUGAGGAGCCUGCAGACAGAACUGUCCUCCUGUAAAGAGGUGCUGAGUCAUUACCUCCAGCAGAUGGAGGAGGUGAAGAAACAUCAGGAGAAACAGCUGGAGCUGAAGAACAGUGAGCUGUCACAGCUGCAGGAAGAGCUGAGGAGGAAAUGUGUGGCUUAUCAGAGCUCCAGUGAGGAGAACCUGCAGCUGCAGCAGUCCAUGCAGAACCAGCACACCAUGCUGCAGGAGAGCACGUCACGCAUCGCACAGCUGGAGGAGAGCCAGAGUCAGCUGCAGAGCCAGGUGUCCCAGCUGGAACAAGAUUUGGAGAAGGAGCGCACUGCCUUGUCUCAGGCUCUGAGGAGAAGGGAGAGAGAAGUGGAGGAGGCCACCCAGGAGGUGCAGAAGAAGGACAGGCAGGCUGCCGAGCUCUCCGGCUCCAUAACGCAGCUGAGUUCAGAGAUGAGCAAGUGUCGAGUGGAGCUGUCAGACAUGGAGCUGGAGCUGUUGCGUCUGAGGAGAGACAGCAACACGAAAGAGUCUCAGCUCAAUCAGAUGGAGGAGACACUCAAGGAGACCAGAGGCUUGCUGGAUAAGAAGAGCGAAAUGGUUAUGGACCUUGAAGAGAAGCUCCACCGCAGUGAGACGGACAGGAGGAACUCGCUCCAGCGGGCGCAGUUGAUGGAAGGACAGUUGCAGGAGGUGCGUGGAGAGCUGACAGACACCCUGGACCACCUGCAGGAGCUGAGAGACGUGCUACAGCGGACACAGCUGACGUCAGACCAGCGGCAAGCAGCCAUUGAUAAACUGGCUGCUGAGCUCAGAGAGAGUCAGAGGGAGCUGGAGGAGAGGAACAAUGAGGUGGUGGAUCUGGACACUGCUCUGAAAGAGAGACAGGGGGAGCUACAGCAGAGAGCGCAGCUGUUGGGACAGCUGGAUGUGGCCAUUAAGGAGCACAAGCUGGAGAUGGAGAAGAAGGUGGAGUAUUUACAGGAAGCUCUGGAGAAGAGCCAGAAUGAGUUUAGGGAGAAAGACCAGCAGAUGCAGUUCCUGACGGAGAGGAUGGAGAUGCUGAAAUCACAGCUGCAGGUUAAGGAGGACAUUGAGAGGGGUGCUCUGGAGCAUGGCCAGCAGCUGCGUGUGUAUCGUGAGCAGCUCCAGAAGACGGUGCAGGAGUUACAGGGGGCACAGACACGCUGUGACUCUCUGAACAGACAGAUAGAUCAAGUCACCCAGCAAGCACGUCAUAAGGAGAGUGAAGUUCAUCAACUGCGAGAUGAGAUGUCUGCGAUGGAGAAGCGUUCUACACAGGCUGAGGUCAGACUCCAGGCCACCAUUACCGCCCUGCAGCAGGAGCUUGAACAGCAGAGAGAAGAGCAUCACAAAGAGCUUUCAGAUGUGCAGCAGACGCGUGGGCAGCUGCUGAAGGUGUCGGAUCAGAUCUCCAGCAGCUUGCGAAACUCUCAGGGGCAGCUGAGCCAGUGGCUGCAACAGGCCCGGGACCAGCUGGAGGAGGCCAGAUCUGCCUCUGCUCGCCUACAUGCCGAGCUUCACAGCAAAGAACAGCUCCUGCAGAGUGCUAAUGAGAACCUGCUUAUCAAGGAGUCUGAGAUCACGCGUCUUCAUGCCAAGCUCUCCAGCUUGGAAAGGGCCUCAGAACUACACAAUAUCACACUUCGUCACAAACCCAGCACUCCUCCCCCCCUCUCUCCUCCUCUCAAAGACUCGAUUCUUCACUGCUCCCCAUCCCCCUCCCACAAAAUCUCUUCAGCACGUUCCAGCCUCUCCUCCUGGCACAACACCUUCUCUGAUGCCUCUCUGGAGCUUUCGGACAGUUUGAAAGCCAGUGUGCAGGCUGCACUGCACCCGCCCCCCUCCCCAGACCAGGCCUGGCAGGGUCUAAGCACCCAUGAGGCCACCUCCACUACAGACAUGUCCUUUAAUCCACUCACGUACAUGCUGGACCCAGAGGAACCAGACCUAGAGUCUCUCUCAGGUAUGCUGAGGUUUGUGAACCAGACUCUGGCCCUUCAAGAGCAACAAUCCCUCUGUGACACCAGCAUCCACGAUACAGGAACGUAAUGAGGGGGGGCCGCUAUACUGCAUCUGUCCUUACAGGAGAACAGACCAACAUUUCAUUGUCCUGAAGUCUUUACAGAAUAACUGCAUGAACAUCCAAAACAUGCAGAUUCAUUCAUUUUGCCCUGAGCUACUAGAUUAUUAUUUGUUUAGUAUGAAGCUUAGAUGUUGCAUUAACCUCAGUUCAGAUGUGGAUGAGUUUUGUUCAGCUAGAGCUGUUUGAGCUUCUCCGGUAUCAUGAUCACACCUGUCCCAACUCUGUACUUG